AUGCCGGGACACCAAGUGCCACAGCGCGUCGCGUCCAACUCUACCAAGGCUCCAGAGGUCUUCCAGCGACACACGAAGGCGCCGCCAGCAGGCGGCCGCUGGAACCGGACCCGCCGUCUGCGCGCCGCCGCGCGGUUCAAGGACGCGCCGCAGCCGCUGGCGACCACACGCAAGGACGCAGACACUUGCCGCGGCCGACCGCGUGCUAAGCGCACCCUGCAAAAACUUAGUCAUCACCAGGAGACACCCUACCAGGCUUUCAUAAUGAUACAUGCAGUACUGUCUAAUCAUAUCCAACUUCUCUCUUUACAGGCAGGCAACCUGCGACCUAUAAUCACUGAAUAUGAUUCCAAGAAGAGAGGCUGUCGAACAGAACUCGCAGACCUUGUUCUUAACAAAUAUAAAUGUGAUAAAAAUGAUGUUCCCAUCACUGUUGCUGCUGGAUCAACUACUCCACUUGUUGAAAAGCCUGCCAAUGAUGAGGAGCUUGGUUAUAACCCCUUUGAGCAUCGUGACCAUCCACAUCCCACCACUGACUGUGAGACACUAAUACAUUUGCUAAAGGGGAGUCUUGGAUCAGGAAUCUUGGCAAUGCCUCUGGCAUUCUACAAUUCUGGUCUCCUGUUUGGCCUUGUUGCAAUUUUCAUUGUUGGUUUUGUCUGCACAUACUGUGUACACAUACUGGUGAAAUGCGCGCAUAUCCUAUGUCGUAGAUCCAAAGUUCCUACACUCGGCUUCUCUGAAGUAGCUGAAGCAGCAUUUUUGACAGGACCACCAGUUUUGCAGAAGUUUUCAGGAAUUGCAGCGGGCUGCAUAAACACAUUCCUGGUGAUUGAUUUAAUAGGAUGCUGCUGUGUCUACAUUGUUUUUGUUGCAAAAAAUAUUAAACAGGUUGUUGAUUUCUACUCAGAGGCAGAGUGGCCUAUUCAGUACUACAUGCUGAUAAUGGCUCCUGUACUGAUCCUAAUCAACUGGGUUCGAAAUCUGAAAUACCUCUCUCCUUUCUCAAUGCUGGCAAACAUACUGAUCAGUAUUGGAUUAGGAAUUACCUUCUACUACAUCUUCAGUGAUCUGCCUUCCAUCACCAACAGUGGCCUUCCUAAUUUUUCCUCAUGGGGACAGCUACCAUUGUUUUUUGGAACUGCCAUUUUUGCCUUGGAAGGAAUAGGAGUGGUAAUGCCACUUGAAAACAGUAUGAAGACACCGACACAUUUUAUUGGCUGCCCAGGUGUGCUCAAUAUUGGUAUGGCAGUUGUAGUGUCCCUUUACACAGCUGUCGGCUUCUUUGGCUACCUUAAAUAUGGUGAUAAGACUGAAGGCAGCAUAACACUGAACUUGCCAACAGAAGAAGUUCUGGCCCAGUCAGUUAAGGUCAUGAUAGCGGUGGCAAUUUUCUUCACAUACUCACUGCAGUUCUACGUGCCCUUCGAGAUCAUCUGGAAGGCAACAAAACAUCGUUUCGGUUCCCGCAAAACGAUUGCUGAGUACAUACUGAGAACGAUCCUCGUUAUCUGCACAGUGGGUGUAGCAGCUGCUGUGCCAAAUCUAGGGCCAAUAAUUUCAUUGGUGGGUGCUGUGUGUUUAUCAACCCUUGGCCUGAUGUUCCCUGCCAUCAUUGAAUUGGCCACCUACUGGGAAUCUCCUGGACUGGGGAGUUAUUACUGGCGUCUCUGGAAAAAUGUGUUGAUCAUUCUGUUUGGAGUACUUGGGUUUGUCACUGGAACAUGGACAAGCAUACAAGAAAUUGUUGAAGAGAUGUAAGGAUGUGAGACAUUAAGGGAGAAUUACUGUGGGAACUGCCUCACACAUCCUACAUCCGUCCGCAUGCAAAGGUUGUGGGAGGCUAAUCUCAGUAAUCAGUAAACAGAGGCGGAUUCAGAGCUUUGUCUACCUAGGUGCAGGCACCACAGGGUAGUUACAGAGUUGGUAUGUGAUUUAUUAAAACCAACUGUGGCACUGGCAUUCCCUGCCAUAAGCCCUUUUGGGUGUGCCAUUUCCAGUAAUUUGGAAGAGAUAGACUGUUAACAUAGAUAUACAUGCCUAUUAGACUGCAGAGCUUGCCAUAUGGUGCUAAUGUUUUAGUUAGUGUUAUAACCAUGUGGCAAGUGAAAAGGGAGCUUUAUUAGUGAUAAUGAGUUAGCAAAGAGUGCCUACAGGAAGAACUAGCUGUUUGCUGUAAUGUGUUGAACACAUUUAAGCAAAUUUAUCUAGUCAUAGCCCACAAGCAAAUUUAAUUUAUAUAAUGGAAAACUGCAUUACAUGCAUUAGAAAACUGCAACAUCCAUUUCUUUUUGCAUUGCAGUUAAAGGGCUAUGCAGUAAUAGUAAGGGAACAGAGUAAUCCAAAACCAUUUUGGAACUCAGUUAAUGCAGCAACAGCUUUGUACCAAACAUGACAAACUUUUAAAACCAUUGUUUGUCAUGCACUAUAGUCUGUUCCAAUGCAGUCUUUCACUGAGCCGCAUUCUGUUAAUGUUAUUAAUUGUUUCUGUAAAUAAGAUAAGAGUUAUUGUGUAAGGUGCUAUCUCAAUUGUUUUUUAUUGUUAUUUAACAAAUGUGGAUGUAAUAAUAUGUAGAUAUAGCAUGUAAAAGUUGUAAAUUUUAUUGGAUUGAAGAGUAACCUAUUUUACUCUUCUUAAAUGCAGUAUUUGUAUACAUAAAUGGAAAGAUAAUUUUUAAGUGUUUUUGCACAGGUGGGUGGGUUGGAAAUGCUGAAUAGUGCCACACAACUAACACAGAGUUUGAUAUCAGCUUUCUCAGUGUGCUUUCUUAGAGAACUGGCAUGAUGUACAACUGCAGUGUGUGAAAGAUUUCCAAUAUUGUUCCUGCUUUUGUUUCUAUUCAUGUAUAAUGUGUAUGCUGCUAUUGCAGUUCAGAGAUUAAUUUACUUUGAUUUCAUACAAUGACAUAAGAAUAAUUUAUUCACAUUUUACAAAGAAACUGACAUAAUAAGAAACAUACGUCUUCAAAAUUGAAAUUAACUCAUUUCACCUGUUACAACAACUUUGCAAAAAUUGUCAAGAAAUUUAAGAAAGGUUAAGCUCAGCAGUUAAUAAAGAAGCCAACUGUGAUAAAUUGUACAAUCUAAGUGAGGAAUAUUAUCUGAUAUUUUCGACAAACACUGUAAUGUACAAAGCAGUUAUAUUUUAGUAGAUAUAUUUUUGUAAUGCUGAUGCUUUAAACAAAGUUCCAAAAUUUAAUGAUGGAUAUGAGAAACUAUAUUUAAACUGUUUCACAGCUUUAUACAUUUUUUUAAUUUCAGUGAUGCUCAACAUACUAUUUUCGAAAAAGUAUUUAUGUAUUUGAAAUCAGAAUCAGCAAAAGUGAUAAAACUUUUCAGUGAUGUUCGCUGGUUUCUGUGGAUUAUUAUUGCUCACUAAAAUUCUUAAUUAUACAAAUCUGCUGUAUAAAAGCACAAGCAACUUUUGUUAUGUAGCACUAGUUUUCAAUUUACUCUGAAUACUGCUAUCAUGAGAUUCAGAGCAGAUUGUUGAAUCGAUUUACCUGUGGACUUAAGUGGUUCUAGUAAAACAGAAGUGAAAAUAAAACACAUUUUUCAAGUUAGAUUUCCAAUCAAGCUUUUACAUUUUUAAUACAUUCAAAUUUUUGAACCAUUACAUGCAUACUGCAUGAUAAAAUCUCAUGACACCAAGUUAUGUUAUGCUGUUGCAUACAAAAUAAGAGUAUCUUCUGCACAUGUAGUUUUUUACAAUGAACAACACAGUUCAGAUAUUUAUUUUUAAUACUUGCACCACAUGGAAACCAGCUUCCUCAGUUUUAGUUGAAAUAGGGUACCAUAUUAGCCAAUAGAUAUUCUUUGUACUUUUGAAACAAAGUUCCAUUGAUUGAUACUGUUGUUAAGUUUUCAUGUAUGAGUGAAAGAGGCUGUUGCUUCUUUAUGCCAUAUAUAUAGUGUAGAUCUUUUUCUUGGUAGUCUAGUCCCAUUCAUUGUGUUAUUUUGCAUCCUGUGUGUAUACUGAAUGUUCCUGGCAAAGUAUUUUGCUCAGAGCUCAGGAAUGUUUUUUAGGUGUAUUAACUGGUACAGUGGCAGUCAUGCCAAAUGUUUGACAUUGAAGGUUGUUGAUAGUUGCAGGGUGUAAAUUAUUGGAAUGCUGUGUGAUUGUAGGUGGUGCUAUGAAUGAAAGAAAUAUAAAAAACGUUUUAGUCUGCAAAAAAAUAUCUGCAGCUUACCAAAAAGAAUGUAAUUUAUUGUUAAAAGCUUCAUAAUAUUGUGCCUAUCAGCUGUGCUUGUAACUUAUUGAACAGAUAUUCAGUGGAGAUUACAUGACAGAAUGUGUAACAUUCAAUUGAUCAUGUAUUUGUGUUACACUUACUAGCAGUUCAGAUCUGACUGAAUAUUUAUCAGGGACAACAUACUUUUUUUCUUUUCUUCAAAACUUAAAAUUGUCUUUGUGAGUUUUUAAUUUCUCUAUUCAUUUUUUUAAAAUCUGCAGAUGUACUGAUGUGACA